AUGGAGAACGAACGCGGCGAACUCGUCGACCUUUACGUCCCCCGCAAGUGCUCGGCCACCAACCGCAUCAUCAAAGCGAAAGACCACGCCUCCGUCCAGCUCAGCGUCGGCAAGGUCGACGAGAACGGCCGCUACACCGGCGACAACCAGACCUACGCGCUCUGCGGCUUCGUGCGCGCCAUGGGCGAGGGCGACGACUGCGUCAACCGAUUGGCGCAGCGGGACGGGUUCCUCAAGGGCGUGUGGAGCGCGAGCCGAUAA